CAGUUUACUCUAGUCUACGAAAAAUACAAGCCUUUUUGACACGAAUGGAGAGAGAACAACUUCGUGGUGAGUUUGUGCUGCUCACCAGGAGGUUGGAGAGAAGAUCGUUGGCUUUUACUCUUUGAGGAUAGUUCAGGAAGAAGAGGAAGUCAAGGAGCCAGAAGCACAUUCAUUGAAGUUGUAGUCUACAGAGAGAUAGGUGAGCAUAGAAGCCAGAGGAAUCAAGAUUCUAGACAAUAAAAGUGACGAGCCAAAGAGCAUCAUAAACAGUUUAAGAUUCUUUCUUUGAAGACUCAGCCAGAGACAGAUGUGAAGGUCUACUCAGUAAGAUACCGCAGCCAUGUAUUGUCCAAACACGAGGCUUUAUUCAGCAUCUUGAGGACAGUUGCUGUGGACACAAGAAAGUUGAGGCCACCUCGAGGUCCCGCUGUAAGAUAAAGUAGCACCCGAGGGGUGAGGGUGUCCCUUUAUCGCCAUGGACACCAGACACUUAGUCUUCAUUUAGCCGCGACGACGACUUACAGUCGGAUACGGUCCCUGACUAGAAGCAACGGUACCACGACCUUACCACCCUGUGAACACUUGAACAUCAGACAAUGCUCAACGACACUGUCGUCUGUCUCAGUCUUCACUCUCACUGCACUUCUUGACACCUUUAUCUGAGCAGCUCAGCAGUCCUAACAUUGCGAUUGCUCUCCCCUAUCGUCUGCCACCAUUACUAACUCCAGGCUUGUCUCCGCAUAAAUCCAUGCACCCCAUUUCUUGUCCACUCCUGAUGUGGGUCCUGCUCAACGACACUUAAGACUGGUGUGAACCAGUUGUAGCCUGUGUUCACAUCGAUAUUACCUGUGAUCAGUGUGCGCCCACCUGAGUGGAUCGUCGCCCACCAUGACAUGCAGAAUGCAACACGUGCUGUGAUCUAGGACAGCGCCGCGCAUUGUUUGGUUACCUGGAUAAACGACCCGAGAUUGUGUCCAGAGCUUGUUGCUCAUUCGGCAAUGACUGCAUAGUCUUGAGAGAAGGUUCUUUCUCCAAACCCGGCAAGGAAAUGUCAAAAGCACCAAAGAGAGUAGCACCUGCCGAUCUCACCGGACUUCCGGUUGACCGAGGAUAUGCUUGGGUCAUCGCAUUCGCCUGCAUGUUCUGCACCACCAUCGGCCUGGGCCUGCUGCGGUCGUACGGUGUGCUCUUCGUGGAGUUCCUGCGCAUGUUCAACAUGUCUGCCGGCAUGACGGCCGUCAUCCUGGCUGCACAGGCUGGUGUUAACAGUAUUGCAGCGUUGUUGAUCCAGACGGUGGUUCUGUCCUUCCUCAGCGUGCGACAGACGGUGGUCAUCGGUGGCUUUCUGGGUGGUCUUGGCCUCAUCCUCAGCUACUUUGCCGAGAGCAUCUAUGUCCUGUUUUUCUCAUUUAGUUUUCUCCUCGGCAUCUCACUGUCGACCAUCACUGGACCAUGUCUGCUCAUCGUCGGGACUUACUUCAACAAGAGACGGUCCCUGGCCUCCGCCAUCGCUACUCUGGGGGUCAGCACCGGAUCUGUCGUCAUACCGCCGUACACGCAGGCGCUGAUCGCAGCCUUUGGAGGCCGUGGCUCCCUCUUGGUGCUGGGCGCCACCUACAUGAACAUUAUGGUGGGAGGCAUGCUGCUGCGACCCUUUCACCUCAAUAAAAGACGGCUAGAGAGCGUCGACGAUGCAGACACAGACAAAGCUUACAAGUCAACAGAAACCUUGCCCCGCGCCUCACUCCGCCACAUGUACCGCCAGCGGUCCCUCUCCGUCCGGUCACGUGACUCCAUCGACGUCAAUGCCAUCGGCUCCAUCCUCAGCUUGGACGUGAUCGUUGCUAUGCCAGAGAUUACAGUGGAAGUCAUCGACGAAGUGAGCGACGACGAAGGAAAGACUGAGAUCGACCAUGCCGUGACAACAACAAACGCUCAUCACGUGACAGACGAGCGUGACAUCUCUGUGCGGGAUUCGCAUUCCCGUCUGGACGAUGACAACAUCGCCGUGCAGUCACCAGCUCUCAAUGGGGAAGGCCCUUCUCUCAAACACGUUACAGACGACGAGGAGGUGAACUUCUGUUGGAAGUGUUUGAGUUUUUUCGACUUUGGUCUGUUCAGACGGCCACCCUUCCUGGCGAUCAUCAUCUCGUGUUCACUUGGCGUGGUACCCGUCCUGAUGUACGGAACCUACCUCCCUGCCUUGGCGUCUGACAGAGGGCUGUCGGAUGAGGAGGCAGCCACCCUGUUGUCUAUUUUUGGAGUCAGCAGCUUUCUCUCGAGACUUUUCUUCGGUUUUGUCGCCGAUCUGAAUGUUGUUCCAAGAUGGGUGCUGAUGUCUUCGCUGAUGUUUCUAACCACCUUGACGGGUAUGUUCACACCCCUGUACAAGAACUACCUGGCGCUGGCCGUGUUCAGCGCCUCCUACGGCCUGUUUGCGCCUGUCUUCUUCUCCCUCGCACCUGUCCUUGUCGUGGACCUGCUGGGGCUUGAAAACCUGAGCAAGACCUUGGGCUUUAUGUCGCUCUUCCAAGGAAUAGGAGCUGCCACUGCCCAUCCUAUAAUAGGCUACCUGCGUGACGUCACCGGAAGUUAUCACCCCUCCUUCUUCUUCAUGGCCGCCUGCGGUCUGUGUUCCUCCGGCGUGCUGGUGCUGCUGAAUGCCACGCGCAGCCUCAAGCAGCGAUGCCAAAGGUCACAGACUGUGGUGGAGGAGGACGCGGCUGAAGACGUCAGCCAGCCGUUGAACGAAUUUGAGUGACGUCACUCAGCCAGUUAGGACUCCAAGCAGCCACAUAGAACUCGCGUCAACGGAGAGGGUUAGCAUCCGUUGAUGUCUUUCGUGUAAGAAAAUAUAUUUGACAGUUGAAUUCAAGGGAGAGAAGUCCCCGUGUACUGAGUCUCUGAGUUGUGGUACAUAAAGUCGGUCCACGCUGCGUUUAAAAAAAUAUUGUUGGUGAUGUGUCGCCCUCUUUGAUUCAUGUUUGUCACCUGAAAGCCUGACAACGUUUAGUGGAAUGCAGAAAUAGAUUAACAGGAAGGGGACGAGGACAGGAACCGUCUGAUGGUGGUCAAGGAGGGACAAAAAUGUUAUAUGGCAUUAAUUUAAACAAAAAUACUCUCUAUCUCUUUCUCUUUCUAGCAGCAACGAGUCAGUAAGUAACGGAAAUUUACUUUUAAACUGUGUAGACUUCACGCUCUUGCCUCCCAUAAUGGCUGUGACGUCAUAAGGACCAGGUGAGUGGCGACAGUUACUAGUCAUCAUCCAUGUCGCCACUCAACCAUCGUCUCUGCUUCCUCAUCUGAAGGUCACACUUCAUUGUCUCCGGUCUUGUACAAGGUGGAACUAUUUUUACUGCACACAGAAAACCGUUUCCACAGGCAGCUUGUACACGUGAGAAUCUCUAUAAGCCGUUACCACAGAAUGUGACACACAGUCAACUAAAGUGGUUUCUGUAGCACAAUGUCCCACAGGUAGCACAACACCUGCCGGACAAUCCAGCUCCAUCAGAUCAACCAGACUUGACUGCAUCAGGUAGCUCGUCCCUCUUUCACUCUCUUUCUCUUUCUCUCUUCCGGAAAGCUUGCGAACAGAUGACUGAGGCACAUAAAAAGGACAAGAUACACACAAAGUAGCAAGUAAGGUCAUGUCAUGUCAUGUUAUGUCAUGUUAUGUCAUGUCAGAGCCACCACUUCCGUUCCAAGAGACGGCCUUUAUGAUAAGAGAAGAUAUUGAUAACAAACUUGUUUUUCUCACACGACUUCAGAUGUUGAUCUUUAUAACAUUAUCCAACUGUCCAUAUAAUGAAACAUUCAAUGAUAUACUUUCCUCACCAUAGUCUCUAUCUUGGUAUAAUUUAUUACUAUGUUAUAUUUAUUUCUGUACCCUGAUAUGUUGAAGGCGGGGGCAGCCAAGAUUGUCUGUUGGCCGGCGCUAGAAAUGUUAAUACAACAAGCUCCUUGAUGGUGGAUCCAUUUUCUGUUUUUAUUUUAAUUUUCAAUUACAAUAUUAUUCCUUUUCAAAACAUUUAAAAUGACUUGCACUUCACUGCCGUCUCCAGUUUGUGCUUCACUGACUGUUACUCGCAGACCCAGGCAAUCAUUGCAAAGGUUGCAGGGUUCAGCAAAGGUCACAGGGUUCAACACAAGAUGAGGACACGAGGGCUGUUGACCACUCAGUCGAGGCUGUGAUGUAUCUCAAACACUCGGUAAAAGACUUCAACUGGUCUUGAGCCACAAUAACUGAGAACUCUCAUUUGACAAAGCUGAAUGCUGAACUUACACAACUAGGGUAACAAAUAUAUAUAUAUUUCCAAAUGUCUUUGAGUGGCAGUCUUCAUGCCUUUGUAAACGUAUUUUACAUCUGUAUAUAUAAAUAUUGUUUGUUAAUGCUAGAAGAUAAGAUUAAAUUAAUCAGAGAUAAUGUUUCAACCGUGGUCUGAAUAAAAUUUGAACGCUUG